AUGAAGUGAGUUUCUGCGAACCGUUUUUGAGUUCGAAUCGUGCGCGUUUGCAAUCGGUGCAAUAAAUGGAGCGCUGCAGAAUUCCUAGCAAACGACGGAACGAUCGGGAAUAAAAAGUGAUAUUCGAAACGGGGGAGCGCGGGCGUUUCGCUGCCUUUUUAUUUUUAUUGAAUGUCAAAAAAUCGGAGCGAUCGGGCAGCUUUUUGUUGGUUUCUACUUUUGAGGCGUUUGCUUAUUGAGAAGAAGUUCCUGGAAAUCCGCGCUCUACCGCAACGUUCGUAGAGCGACGCGUAUAGAUCGAGAACGAAUGUUUUGUUUCGAAAAUGUGCCUGAUCUCCUGCCUGGAUUCAUUCCUUUUCCAUCUCGCCUGCAUGCGAAUCUUUCGUUCUUUCUGUUCAGUUGACCGAAAUGCUGCUGACAAUUGAAUUGAUAGCUCCGUAAAAACAAGACUCGGACUAUGAGAACGACCUGAAGAAGUGCAGGACUCUUCGAUGACUCUUCGUAAUCACCCGAGUCUCCCGAUAAGCACGACCGCGCCCAUCUGCCCCUCCGUUUCAGACCUACCUUCCCGGUUAUUUGCCUACGAGACGUUCGUGAUGCCAUCAUCUUUUUAUCAUUCUUCCUCUCCUUCUCUCUGUUAUUCUCUGACCUAUAUUCAAAACUGAUAUUCUCUUUUUCAUUCAAAUUUUGAAAAAAAAGUAUGUGUGUGUGAGUGUGGUCAAUUGAAUGGGAAGAAGACAGCCCAAAAAGCUGUUUCGUAUUGUUUGGUUUUUGAAUGUCGGCGUGUGAAUUUCCGACGAUACCCGACCGCGACUCUUCCUUUCUAAAAAGCAUCUAUAUACUUUUGGAAACACAAGUUCAGCAUCGUUUUUUGAAGCUAUCAGUGAUAAGAGACUUGAAAUAUAUUGCCUACUUCUGUGCCUACGCAGUGCUGUUGAACUCUCCCUCCCUCUCUUGUUAACGGAUCUUUCUUUAAGCAGUGUCCGUCGGUAACGUUUCUGUUUUUCGUUCGGCCGCCGGUGCCCUAUCUCUCUUGCCAUCUAAAUCGCAAUCCAUUGGUAGGUCACUCUUUCGAGAAUCCAUUUCUCAUUCCGCUUCAGAAUUAGGUUGGUAACGGGAGAAGGAGACAGAGCUGUUUAGGUUAGGUUUACUGAGAGAGUAAGUAAUAAACAUUUAGACGGAAAAAGGAGCCAUUGCACCCGGAAAGAGUAAUCAAAACAUUAAUGGACUCUUUUUGUGUUUACAUUAUUAUCUGGACCCUCCUCCCUACUUUCCUCCCCAUACUUCUGCUUUUUCUUCUUCGUUCAGUCCGACAGUUUGCAGCUGAACCAGUCAAUUGUCGGGUACCUGGUACACGAGUAAACACGGAUCAUGACGAAGACGAACACAAAAACUGUCCGUUCGUAAUUGUUCUCUUCUCCCUUCUCUUCUAUUUUUUUUCUCACCUCUGCUCCUUUUUUCAUCGGUGUCCUUUGCGACUGUCUAAUUACUUUUUUCUGGGGCAAUACUCGUUAAUUAGUCAGAUUUUCUUGAGGGUCAUAUUCGGGUAAAGGACACUUUUGAUAUAAUCUUCCGUCCAGUCACUUUUUAGCGCACUGACCGAAAUUCGUUUUGACUCGACGGAAGACCGCCUCCCGAAAGAGUAGGUCACCUUCCAGCUCCCUCUCUCCGUCCCUCUCCAACUGCAAACUGCUUCCGUUUUGUCCUUUCUCUCUUUGAGCAGCUGUCGCCUUUGCUUAUUCUGCGGAAUACAGUGACUUCUCCCACACUUUUUACAAAAACUCGUUGGCCUCUGGCUCUAAAUACAUGAAAGUAGCCCGGACAGCUGACUCGUUUCCAGUUUUGCAGCUGCAAAUUCGAUAGAUUUUUGCCGAGAACUUUGAAGUUAGACAAAACAAUGAAAUUGUUUUUUUUCUCUAUUUCUUUUGCUAUUCAAUUCUUCGUCCAUGUUCUCUGAAAAGAAAGAAUUCAGUGAAUGUUGCCGGGCGAGUAAGCUAUAAUUUGCGCAGCCAGCUCGGAGAAGCGCUGUUAUUCAGAUGCCCAAUUUGUUUCAUUUGUGAAUAUCACCGCAAACGUACAAUACCAUCCAUACAAACAUUAUUCCCUUUUCUCUUUUCCCGAAAGAUGCCGUACAUGACCUGUUUGUUUAGCUGCGAAACGAGAGGAGCACUGUCCCAUUCGCACUAACGCACGGCUACUUUCGGACACUCGAACUAAUUUUAUCCACAAUUUCAGAAGAUCUUACAAAAUCAAACAAAAAAAAGAUGGAAAUUGAGUAACCCGGCCGAGGCCUUCUGAAAUUGGGACACGUCCGGCAGAGCGCACUUGCAUUUCCAGCAUUCCGGCUGAAAAACGGGCGUUUUCAGACAAUUUAUUCCGUUUUCGCUCUCGUAAACUGCCAGAAACAUCGAGAUUCCGUCGUCCUUUUGAUUCCAAAACUUUUGAAAAUAAACAUUGAUUUCCCGGGCGGUUCCCUGGUUCCCUGCUUUCUUGAUCGCGCAUCGUUUUUGUUUUUAUCCGUCUCUUUUUCUCGUUCACUUCCCUCCCCACUGGCCCCAUUUUUUGUUCAGCUCCUCACGUACUCCGCUCCUUAUAAAAACGUUGAAACUUCGUAAAAUACAGUCGUGGAGUCAGCUCACGUAGCUGUGAAUUCUGUUCUUCAUUGUUUCUAUGCCUCGUGUCUGUUUUUAUUUAAUCUUAAAAAGUGUCAUUAUAUUCCCAAAUGCGCAGCUCUUUUUGCUCUUUCUCACUUUGCGUGUGUUCAGCUGUUUCGGGCACCGUCCGCUGACGAAAAGAGCCGAGUUAUAUUGAUCUGAAUUAUCCGUAUUUUCAGUUUGGACGAGAUGAUGGAGGACGAUUGGACGGCGAGCGGCGCUCUCGAAAAGGACAUCUUCAUUUCGGCGGUCAACCAGGACAAGGAUACCAUUGAUGUACGUGGAGAAAACAGAAAGCUGUCAAAAUUUCCGAAUUCCAGUACAUACUUGCACCUUAGUCUUGCGCUUUUUUUUUCAAAAACAAAAAAAGGUGUUUGAAAUAUCACAAAACCAGUGAUUUUCAGAUUCUUCAAAUUUUUGACAGCGACAACGAUGAAUUCACUCCGGACACGAUUCGGAUCAAGAUGGAGCCGACCGAUGAGACUUCAGGUGAGCGAUCUCCGCAUUUUCGGAGCGAUACCCUUCUCGAAAUUCCAUAAAUUCUCCGCCCGUAUCUUUCGUUUCUUAAUUUAUUAGCUCAAGAAGGAGAAGUUUGAUCGGAAAGGUGAUAAAAAUUAUGUUUAAACUACACUCAAGUUCCGCUUUUUCUUUGCCCUGUUUCAAAUUUUCAGCUAAAACAAAUAAACACAAUUUGCGAAAUUUUCAAUGAUAAUUGGAAUCUUUGCGCUGAAAAUGAUAGACAUAGAUCAAAGACAAGUCUCCGCCCACCUACGAGCUUCGCCUCAGACUCCGCCUAUUUUCUGUAGAAACUACGAAAAUUGCCCCCUCGUGGUGAUGUUGAUGUCCGCAGAUGACGUCAUCCGGGAGCAAAAGGACAAAAUUGAUAUCGGAGCAGUGAAAAAAGCAUCAAAAGUCUAUUACGAAUGUACGGGUAGGAGACGUGAGAAUUCGAAAAUGAUGGUUUUCUCACUGUAUCCAGUCUUGCGAAUAUCAAAUUCGAGAACUCGGAGGUCACUCUUUCUAGUUAGCAACGAACAGAUUUUUUGUAAGGUCCCGAGACAUUGGGAAAAGCACUGUGCUCGACUCCCCCUUCACACUUGGAUACGUGUGAAUUGAAAGUGGAAAAGCUUCGAUCGCAUAUCAAACAUCAAUGGCAACAUCGUAUAUUCGGUGUUUCCGUCCUCGGCAACAUCUUGUUAUCAGCUCGGUCCCUGCCGUUUUACGACCGCCAUCAAAUAUCGAUUAUAGCCCUCUAGGUGUCAUGUUGUUAUGAGCCCGCAGUCACUGAAACAGUCCGAUGACUAAGAAGGCGUGACGAGAUGAAACUGAAGUGCCUUGUUUGCAGUACCAUCGGCGCCCUUUUCUGGAGGCCUAAAGACACAAACAUGUGGUGCUUCUCCAGGCUUAUCAGUUAUCAGUUUGCUCCGAAACUUGUGCUCUUUUCUGUAGCUUCUCUGCCCUCUCGCACUGUCUCGUUUAUCAAAUUAGCGUCCCUCUCUUGUCGAGUUGCUGCCGCCUGCCCCACCUGCCUGCUGAAAAGACGGAGACGAGAAGAACAGUAUCAUAUUCUGAUCUGCUUCCUCGCGUCGGCUCACUGUACAUACUGUACAUUCUGUAACUAUGGACAUGUCUUGCUCGUCGAUGCCAAUGCCACUGCCGAUGCAAAUGAGAAUGAAUCCGCACGGCGGCGACAUGAUGGGCACUCCGAACAAUAACUUCGCGAUGAAGUGGGAACCAUGCACGCCUCCAGACGAGAAGCCUCAGAUGCUUUUUCCUCCGCUCCACGGUAUUUUCAAUCAUCCGUCGAGGCAUAGUAGCACUGGAGAAGGUAUGAACUCGAAUUAGUCGUUUCUAGGACUGCUAUUUACAGCCUUAUGCCGCGUCCAAAGUUUAAAAUUUUGCUGGGAUUUCCUUGAACUUUGGACGCUUUUCAUAAACUUUGGACGCGGCAUUAGGAAGAAGAGCUUUGUAUUUUUCUGCAAAAACGGAAAGUUUCGUCACAUUUUAUUCGUCAUCUUUUGCUUACAUAAUUUCCUCGCGUUUUACUUAUCUAUUCGUUCCGCCAUAUUCCUUUCUCUUGAAAGUCAAAAGUACACCAAAGUUUCUUUCAAUAGAACAUUAGUGCGAUGUCCUUACAUCACAUGUCUUUCAAGCUGUAUUACCUCGCACACCUCGCACAGUACAUUUCCCCUUAUCAUAAUUUCCGUUACGGAAGCUUCGAGUUCGAAAUCGGUAUUUUUAGCACAAAUCAUGAAAUUUGUGAGGAUGCAACAAUUUCAGUUAUCAAAACACUUUCCCAGCGCUGUUAUCUCGACCCAUACUGAUAAGCUCCUUCUGCAGGCUCUUUUGACCAUUCCACGUGCGCUCGUUCCUUUCCGUAGCCUCUGACGUAGUGGUCUCCACGAAAUUAGCUAAUCCGCCAGCGGAAACUUUCCCUCCAGUUGUCAUCCAAUUUAGUGGCGUUUCCCGGAACUAAAACUGGAAAGGGAGAAAAAACGGCGAAUAAUCGUCAUCAGAAUCUCGUGCAGGUCAUUGACGUAAAUGCAAUUUAUGACCCACUUUCUCCUCUCACUCGCUCUCUUAAACACUUGUUUACUUAUCUAAAAAUUUCCGAUAGUUAUCACGAAAUGGUUGAUAGUUCUGUUAGAAGCGUCUCGCAACCCGAAAAUGUUUCCAAAUUUGAUCAAAAGUGGAACAAAAAGCAAAUGGAGAUCGAAGAGAAGUGGGAGAAGAAGAGAAGUCAUAAAAAGUUGGUAGAGGGUCACUGAUAAGGAGCCGCGACCACGGGAGCCAGCUUUCUCUCCAUCGUUUGAUAUUGAUGUCAGAAAUGGAAAUUAUAAGAUUACGGUCGAGAAUGGAGCAUAAAAUUGACGCAAUCGUAGAUUGUACCUGGGCUAGGAAGAAAUCACAUCAGAUUUCUAGAAAACACCAGAAGGACGAUAAACCUGUAAAUAAUUUGCAGAUUAUCACGGCUCCUCUUCGGGUAGUCCGUCUUCAUCGCUCUCGUCGCCGAAUGGAUUCAAAGACGAGCCGCUGGGCCUGGAUGUCCACUUCGGAAGUUCGCUGUUCAACGCGCCGUUCAGUCCCUCCGCCACCUCGUCCCAGUAAGUCGUCCGAAUGUGCUCUUGACUAAUUUUGUACGAAAAAGAUGAAAGUAGGUCACGGUGUCACGUGGACCACCCGGCGCGGAGACCCUUUUGACCGUUCUGUCCCAGUGCCACGUGGGUGCUGAAUUUCAUUUAUUUUUUCUUUCAACUUGCUCUAAAAAUGUUUUUUCCUAUCAGGUACACUGUAACUUGACGCGAAAAGGUCGUUGAGAUGAUAUUUUUCUUAGAAUUGAGUAAAAACCAUAGUGAAAUUGAUCUCUUCUUCGAUUCAAAGACACUCUAACCGGUUGUAAGCGUCUUCCAGCAGCCCGUCAUCUUUCGGAAUGAUGCACGGAUCGGGACAUUCGAUGGCUCCGCAACAGCAGCACUCCCCGUUACCUUCCGCUCAUUUCUCGCACAAUCACCAUCAUCACCAUCAUAUGGUUCAGCAUCAUAACCAGGUAAGAGAAAUAUGCAUGGAAAGAACUGAACGACGGCUGCCGACGUUUUCAAUUCGCAGAGUUUUUGAAAAAUAUCGUUUCUGAUAAGUUUUAGAACAAGUACUUGCUUCCUUUAAUAAAGCCUAUCAGUUUCAGCCGAAUUUGCAAAUGAGCAUGAACCAGAUCUUCAACGGUCCCACCCAUCAAUACAUUUCCGCAAACGUUUCACAAAAUUUCCUCUUCAAGGAUUCGACAAUUUACGAAGGAAUGGGUACGCUAUGUUUUAUUCAAUCGAAUCAAAACAAAAAAUGUUGAGAAAUGUCUGAAAACUAUCACAUUGACAUGCAAUUUUCAAAGAAAACGCUUCAAAAACCAAAAAAAAAACAGGUGGCCUAGAAAGACGGCGAAGUUUUCUAGUCCCUCACGAAAAGCUGCGAAAUUCGAAUUUUAUCGCAACAUCUGCUCUUUCUGUUGUUUUUGACAAUUUUCCGUCGUUUCGUGGGCUGUGUGCUGUGCUCUUUUCGAUUAAAAACGUCUCAAUUCGAAUCCCAUUCAUUUUUUCGAAUCGCGGCGCCUCAGAAAGCGCUUUUUGCAAUUAACGACACACUUGAAUGCACCUCCUCGAUUGGACCUCUCCGACGGCUACCCAAUUAUAUGUCCCCCUAUUCCCUCGUUUCUUCCAUUUGUUCAGCCACGUCACCUGAUGACGUCAAGGACGUCUUCUGAUUCUCUCCGUUCUGCCUUAUCUCUCGCUCUCUUUUCGCUUUUGAUCCGGUUUGCCACGUCAUCACACAAUGCCUGUGUUUCUCAAUUUCCCAUGAUUUUUCGCUCUUCUCUCUCACAAACAUGGGCAUUGCGUUCUGAUCGGUCUCUUCCUCUUCCCUUUUUGAUCUGCCACGUCAUCGGCACAAUAUUUUCCACUCCGCUUCCGUCACGAGAAACAUUGUAGCGCUGCACAUCGAAAAAUGCAUAUUUCUCCGCCCCCUUUUGUUCGUUCUUACUCUGCCACGUCAUAAAGAAAGCGACCAUUAGUUUCUGUCGUAAAUAGUUGUUUUUCAUGCUUCCAAAAUUAUUUAAAGAAAAUGGCAAAUAGGCAAGCGAAUGGACCAGUCAGCUGACCGAUUUCCUGAGCAUUUCUGAGUUGGCAGAUGGGUGUCAUGUCAGUUGUUUGGAACGUCUUUCGAGUAAAAAUUCCAAUAAUUAUAUUUUUGUGUUUGUUUGAGACAGUAAACAAAGACGAUACGACCUCUAGAAUCUAGUGUAGAUCCUAACUGCUGAUUGUCGUCAAACUGUCUGUACGUUCCAGGAUGAGAUUAACCGAUUGAUUAUUUUUUUUUAUUGACUUCCAAUGUUUCACCCAGUGGUAAGCAUCGCACCCGGCGCGGUCCGUCCGCCCAUAUAUACCCGAGCGCUUGCCCUCUUUCGCUUUCUUCCCCUUUCUCCGAUGUCUAUGCGAUUGCCACGUCAUCAUCAAUUCAGUCUGUCACUUCCAAUUGGUUGGUGUUGCUGCAGGCGGUCGGUUGCCGGGAAGAGAAGGAGGCCUGGGGCGAGAGGGUGGUUAUGUGCGUGUUGCGUGGCGGACGGACGGACGGAGAGAAUGAAGGAAAAAGAGAAGGAAGAGGAUGGGAGUGCCACGUCAUUCGCCCGCCCGCGCUCCCGCUUUCACAUACUAUUUCACCGCCGGUCCCAGGACGAGGUGCCUUCUUGCGGCCGGCGACCGAUUCGGCAGCAGUCUCCUCGCUGUUUUCACAUGUGACAUGCCACGUCACUUGCUGCUUCUCCUGUCUUCAUGAGAAUACGAUUGAGGAAGAGAAAGAUAGAAUUCCACGUCAUCUGGAGAGUGCAAAGAAGUCAUAGAUGAUGGAGACAAGUGAUUGUGUUGCCAGGAGACCUCAUCGCAAUGAGUUCUUCGUGUCGUUUUGCUGCUCGCCCGCUCACCCUCUCCCGCCUUCUUCCACAAGUGCUGAUGCUUCUUUGCCACGUCAUGUGACACGCGUCUGUCCCUUAUCUAUUCUCUGCGUUUCCCCGAUCUGAACAGUCUCUAGCUCCUCCUUUUCCUUCUGCUUACACCAGUCAUAGACUUCUCGUCCUUCUUCUUCCAUUUCCACUUCUUCUUAGUUUUUCCCUUCUCAAGUCAGUCCUUUGCUUUGUUUACCACUUUCCCACGUCAUUUUACUUUGCCACGCCACGUUUUCCACUUUGCCACGUCAUAGUCGAUGGAUGUUUUUGAAAGACUCUGCAAUCGGUGUCUUUCUUCGCUUUCUUUUUGCCUUGUGAAAAAUUGGCCAUGUCUACUGUAGACAGACAAAGGGAACAUCUGUCUAUCGCGUGCAGCGACUGAGAACACAUCCGAGACCCAUACAAUUUCGAAAGAACGUUUCCGUUUAAGGACACAUGCCGUCUUCAAACUGGAAAACCUCUGACAUACUGUAAAUCUUGCGUCUCUUAAGAAUAUCUUUCUCGAAACCUCUGUUCUCUACUACCUUCCUGAUUGCCUUCUAUCUUUUUUUUAAAACUCAAAACAAAGCCGUCGUCUUUUCCGCUCCAAAUUUUCGGUACCCGUCGUCGCCCACGGUUUGUCGCCGCUCCAAUUCCGCUGAUAUUCAGUCGAUGUCCCCCGCAAAUCGAGCUGAUAAGGACGAGAGAGAGAGAGAGAGUGAGUGAGAGAGAGAGUGAGUGUCAACGACGUGUCAGUCGCCUCUUCAUUCUCAAAUAGAGGGCGAGAGAGAAGAAGUUGCGUAGAAGAAGUUCGAAACGAUUCUAUUUAUCGGUAUAGAAGUAAAAAAAGCAGUGACGUGGCAUCAUUGAAUACACACGCACGCAAGCAGUACGGCUAGAGAAAGUGUGCAAAUAGAAAUGUCCCUUCCACAGGCACUUCCACGUCAUCUUAUGUUUGAAACACGUCUUUUCUGUCCCGAGAAGUUCCCACUUCCCACUAUUCACUAUAGAUGACAGAAAGUUAUGACGUGGAAAUGCGACUGGGUGCCAACGGCAAAAUGGAUCAUAAAUGCGGGAACAUAUGGCCGUCUGACCUGAGCGGACUUUCUGUCCAUUCAUUCUUUCGGUGAAUAAUGGCUCUUCGCCAACACGUCACGAGCUUCCCACUCUUGUCGACUUCCUUCCGUUGUUUCCCAGAGCCAUUGGGUACCCUAAUGCCCAACGGGAAAAUAGGAAAUAGCCAAGAAAGAGUGAGGGAGCGAGGAAGAGACGCCGCUUGUCUGACUUCUCUGACGUGGCAAAGUGUGUAUACGGGGCCCGCUCUCGGGUCUCUGUGACGUGUCGGCGUCUCCGAGGUUAACGCGUGGCAAUGCCCAUCUCUCCUCUAAUCGGUCGGUCCCCCGUCUGCCACGUUGCGAUCUCUGCGCCUCUUCCUAUACAAUGCUCUUGUGCCUUUGUCGGACAGGGUCGUCGAUCGAAAACCCUUCGCCGCUCUCCCCUCUGGCCUCUUCUUCUUGCCUCCCUCUUCCUCAAUCCGUUGUCCCCUUAGGGCCUUUUGGUACACUCGCUCAUUGUUGCCACGUCACCCAACACACGCACGCAUGGACAUCCCUCACCUACGGCAUUGACCUCUAUCUUCACCAUCUGCGCCUUCUUUCUCCCCUCUUUUCUAGAGUCUCCCACAGAGAAUGUUCCUGGCAAAAGCGGCUCGCUUUGCCACAUCAUAAGAUAUUUGAUAAUACACUUUGGGAAGAUACCACCCUUUCUGUUUUUGUGACAAGUGUUAAGUGUUAAAGUUCAAUAUUCUAUUUAAAAAUAGUCGAAAUACUUUUGCCACGUAGUAAUAAAUGCCGAAAUUGUCGAGUUCAAUUUUCGCGUUCAACCGGGAAACUUCGUGAUUUCCCACAGGCUGGAGCUCCAAAAUGUUGGUUACAAUGUUACACUUUCGUUUCAUCUGUGUUUCACACUUUUCAGCGCUCAAGAUAAAAGCAGCUACUCUCGUUUUCCUCUUUCCGUCCCCAGUUAGCAAGUUCAUCGCGAAAUCAUCAAAUGCGGGUUGUGAACGUGCAUUCCGCCUAAUCUCUUUCACUCCUCGUUUCUCCUCGUACUCUGUUAGUAGUCGGUAUCCAUAUUUUCUGUACAGGACUCAAUGGCAACACGAUGUACAGCCAACGUCUUCAUUAAAGACGAAAUCAAAGAAGAGCAACUCGACAACAUGGAUUCGAUGGACAUCGCCGCCAUUCUGAACUCACAUGCGGCCACAAAUUCGCAUGAUUCGAGUCCUGACGAAGAAGAAGCGGAUCUGACAUUGUCGAGUGAAAUGUUUCUCGCUACUUCCGGAGCCGAUAUUGACGGAGGAGAAGGUAGCCAAGAAUUGAUGGAUGUUGAUGAGUUAUUAUUGUGUACGUGCGUGUUGUUCCCAACCAAAAAAAUACCACUUCCACAAAGAGUUAGUUCUCGAAAAUCCCCCAUGUAUGCCAAUGUGAUAGUUAAAAGGCCACCUGUUGCUGUUAGGAUGGUGGAAGUGCGGAAAGCUGAGGAAUAGCAAUGAUCUAUUCACUCACUCAAGAAAAAAGUCGAUCGAUUAAAAAAUUUUGCAUAUAAUUUACUGUAAAGAAAGUGUUUUGGCACCGACAAUAAAAACGGAAAUGUCAAAUAGAGAGCGGGCUCUCACAUCAGAGUGGCACAGAGAGCCCCGUUUAUGCACAAUAGAGGGCCGCCGGGUCGUCUCCGAUCAUAUAAAACCGUAUCGAUAGAUGUUCUCUCUUUUGCAUUUCCAUUCAUUCAUUCGCUCGCUUCCCUCCUCUAGUUCUCCUUUUUACCAGCCAACAGCAACAGGUAGAAGUGUGUAAAAUAUCCAAAAAUGUUGUGUUUUUGAAUCGAAGUUUCAAUCAGUAAAUAAGGGAAACUUACUUCAGGUGGCAUGGGACUGGCAGCCGCUCAGCAGCAGUUAAAAGCAAGAAACAAGAUGCAAGAGAUGGCCCUGAGGCAGCACCUAAUCACUGAUCAGGUCAGUGUCAUGCAAGUUUGUUUUUCAUUUACUUUUUCUACCGGACAAGCGGCAUCGUGCAAUAGUAAACACUUACAAAUCAUCUGCUGAUUGUAGAACCUUCAAACGACCGGAGAACUUGUGUUGUCGCCGGAGGAACGCCGUACUCUCGUUCAAGAAGGGUACCCAAUACCAGAAAAGUAUCCACUGACAAAGAACGAAGAGGAAGCACUCAAGAUUGUUCGCCGCAAGAUAAAGAACAAGGUAAGCUGAAAUGAGAGAAGACGAACUCGUUGAAAUUGGGGAACGUUUCGAGUAAAUGUUCUAAUUUUGGUUCUUCAGCUGUCUGCCCAAGAAUCUCGCCGCAAACGAAAAGAGUACAUCGACGCGCUCGAGAGUCGUCUGCACUGUUUCAGCGAGGAGAACAAGAGCCUGAAAUGUACGCUGUUUCUUCUUUGCCCUCAAUAAGAAUGAUCUCUUUUUUAGUGCAAGUCCAUCAGCUUGAGGCAUCGAAUCGCGAUCUCCAACAGAAGUUGCAUCAGUACGAAAGCAAGGACAAAAUGUGA